ACGUUGACCUUUACACUUCAUGGUACUCGUAAGAUGUCAGUGCAGUAUCACAUGUUUAUAAAUAAUUGCUAUUUUCAGUUCAAUUUAAUCCAGGUGUUAUUUUAACAGAAGCCAUGCUAGGCUUAAUUUACUUGAAAAUAGUUCAUAGGAUAUGUUUAAUGAAAUCGGCUUUAUGUCAGUAUGUGCAUGAAUAGACUAAAUAACUAAAUAAGAUCUUAUGCCUAGGCACUUGAAUAAAAAAUCAUUAAAUGAUAAAUUAUUUCCUUAAUAAACCAUUCACUUAAUACUUAUUAUAAUUUCCCAAUGUACUCUCUAAUGGGGUAAUUACAACAUCAGUAUUAAGUGAAGAUUUUAAGGAAAUCAAAUGUCCUGUGAUUUUUUUUUUAAUGAUUUAGAUAGCAUUUCAUAAAUGUGUAUGUUUAUAUAAUGUGCUGCUGGAUCUAUAUAAUCACAUAAUAAAACCAAUUAAUAGUUCAGCUACGGUAUGCACAAUCAAAUAAGGUAUGCAACCAGUGAUUUUAAAUUCUUGUCAGAGCGCUAUUUUGGGUUUGUGGCCUAGCUCUUCAACUUCUACCAGUCAGUGGCCUCCGUCAUCUGGUUGACUGUUCUGCCACGUUGGGGUGUGUGCAAAUUAAAAAAGAGUGAUUUAAAAAUUUCAAUUAUUUACAAUUAAAAACAGUUAUUGGCCUAAUGGUUUUGUAACCGAGCCUUGAAGGUGUCAAGACUUGGUGCCAGCACAGUUGAGGUAAGGUUAACCCAUAUUGAAAUAGAGGAUGCAUUAAGGAGUUUGUCGGUUGACUAAAACAACAUGACGACUGCAGCCAGUGACCAGUUUUUGAAAUACACCCUGCUGAGUAAGAAUGUACUGUCAUUGGAUGAGCAAGAAUUGUAUGAACUUUCACAGCUAGCUGGAGUGGUGCUGGACCCCAGUGUCUUCAAGAUCAUUAUGGAUUUGCUAAAGAUGAAUGUGGCCCCACAGGCGAUUCUGCAGGUCCUCAUAAGUAUAUCAGGUCAGAGGCCAAAAAAAAUCAGCUCACCAGAAAGCUCCCAGAGGUCUCACCAGACGGAGGCAGAUCGUCGUGUGAAAUCUCGCAGUCGAGUAGUCAGUGCCAGAAAACCAGAAGCCCGAAGAUAACGAUCUGCUGCUCUUGUGGUUGCAUGAAAAUGAUUAAUGAGGAGAUACAAGGGAAAUAACUCUUUCAAGGCGAAAAGCUAUAUGUAACGGUGGGCAGCAUUAAAUCUCUUAAUGAAUUUAUGUACAAUUAUUACACUAUUUGAAAAGAACUUUCUUAUUUAUUGUGUACCUUGCAGCAGGGUACAGGAAUUUUUUUUUUUUAAUGUUUGUUUUUUGUAAUAAAAUCACCUUUUUACAUGUUGUAAAAUUGUAUAAUUCUCUUUACAUAUUUUUAUAAAUUUUGAAUUAUGA